GAAGUGGAAGUGAGUGGAUGCGCACGCAGGCUGCUUGACGCACACGGCGGCUGACCGAAGUGAUCGGGUCUGAAGAAACGACUUUGCCGCCGUGCACCUUCCUUCCUGUCCGCUUCGAACCGGGACUUUAACGGGAUUCUCCGGAGUUUGUUUUGGUUUGACGGGAUUUGAAACGCUUUGGGUGACCUCGUUACUGUUUGUGGACAGAAGAGCAGCUCGGGGGGUUCGCUAUCCCGCGGCUGGCGGCUAAAAUCGGUUACUGCUGCUGAACAUGGUGGCCUGCUGGAGGUAAAGCGGAGGAGACGAGCUCCGUCGGGAGUUUUGGAGGAAUUUCUGGGCCGUUCGGAACCGUUCCUGUUGUGAAACGGCGAUGCUCCGGUCCUGGCGCCUAUCUCUUGUUCGUGUUUGGGGAUAAAACUGCGGUUUGUUUCCGUUAAAACCGAGCAGCGGUGUCCGUGUUCUGUGGACCGUGGCUAAUUCUUGUUAACCUAAAAGUUGUCACCAGGACCCCUACAAGUUUCUUUAAACGACCUGGAAAGUUUUGGAGCACCAUGAGAGGCACAGCGGACAGUGUUGAGGGGUUGUCUUCCCCGUUUUUGUGUUUCUAGCUCGGAUGCUGAUGAACUGCAGCCUCCUGGAAGUUCUCCAUCCCCCUGAAGCGGCUCCAAUUUCCCCUGCCUGCUUCGGGGCUGCCUCGGUAUUAAUCUGUGGACUGUUUCGGAUUAUUACGAUGGCCUAAUCCAGCCCGCACAGCGUUAGGUGGAAAUAACUGCUGAUUCCGCUGCUGAUGAUGACAGAGAAGAGCGAUGGUCUCCCUUCGUUGUGUUUCCACGUAGAGAGGAGAUAGGUACAUGGAGACUCGCCUGACAUGCCGAGGAAGGAGUUGCCACUACCGGACGGUUGGGAGGAAGCCAGAGACUUUGAUGGCAAAGUUUACUACAUUGAUCACAUUAACCACUGCACGAGCUGGAUCGACCCCCGGGACAGGCAGACGAAGCCUUUGACGUUCGCUGACUGCAUCGGAGAUGAGCUGCCGGUCGGAUGGGAGGAGGUGCACGAUCCCGUUGUGGGGGCGUACUAUGUCGACCACAACACCAAGAGCACCCAGCUGGAGGACCCGCGGGUCCAGUGGCAGCUGGAACAGGAAGCCAUGCUGCGGAACUACCUGUCUGUGGCUCGAGACGCGCUCAGCGCCCAGAAGGAGAUCUACCAGGUGAAGGAGCAGCGCCUGCGGCUGGCGCAGCAGGAGUACCAGCAGCUCAACGAUGCCUGGAGGGACAAGUCCACAUCACAGACCAGCUUGAAUUCCAGAUCUUCCACUUCCAGCAAAUACGACCCGGAGAUCCUGAAAGCGGAGAUCGCCACAGCCAAAAGUCGGGUCAACAAGCUGAAGCUGGACCUGGCCUGCAUGAAGCAGGAGCUGCAGUUUAAGGAGCAAGGCUUUGAGACGCUCCGAGAGAUCGACCAGAAGGUGUCCAACAGUCCGUACGGCUACAAGCUGCAGGAGGCGCAGGCCAUCCUGAAGGAGGUGCGGUCCAUCCGAGACACCAUCAGCUCCGGGGAGAAGGAGAAGCAGGAGCUGAUGCAGAAACUGGCAGUGCUGAAGGACGGGUUCCAGUUGGAUUCGGGUUCCCAGCAGGAGCUGUGGGGCAGCAGUCCGUCGCUCAACAACUCUGAGACGUCCAUCCCUCAACUCUACUCGGACGCCGGCUCCCAGACCGACAUUCCCGUCGAGUUUUCGACCAGCACCAACAAACUGGCUGAGAAGGUUCGCCUGAGUCUGAAGUACGAGGAGGCCAAGAGGAGGAUCGCCAACAUCGAAGUUCAGAUCGCCAGACUGGACAGCGAGGCGUGGCCGGGGCUGCUGGACCCGGAGCGGGACCGACUCAUCCUCAUCAACGAGAAGGAGGAGCUGCUGAAGGAGCUGCAGUACGUCAGCCCCCGGAAGCGCCUGGAGCCCAACGACGCCGAGAAGCUGGAGACGGAGAAGAAACGUCUGGAGAGAGACCUGCAGGCGGCCAGAGACAACCAGAGCAAAGCUCUGACCGAGAGGCUGCGGCUUCACUGUAAGAGGAACAAGCUGGUGAGAGAGCUGGAGGAGACGGUCCGCCUGGCCACGACGCUGCAUACGCAGCUCAAGAGCCUUUCCGCCAGCACGCUCUCCUGUUCGUCCGGCAGCAGUCGUGGAUCGCUGACCUCCAGCCGCUGUUCGCUGGCCACCACCUCCAGCAUGGGCUCCACCUCCUCCCUCAGCUUCACCGACAUCUACCUGGAGCAGCCUGAGCUGGCCGACCCAGACCUGCGGAGCAAGCUGGAAGGCCUCCUGCAGGACGGCGGUCAGGGAGGUUACCGGCCAUCCAGCUCCAUCACCACCAUUCACGAGCACGAAGUGGAGACGGGCUGCAGCGGGAGGCAGGGGGGGGAUGCUGGGGGUUCUGGUGUCGGAGCGGAGUCCUCCAGGAUCCAGGCGCUCAGACCGUCAGAGACUCCUCGCUCCAUGAGCUCGUUGUCCCCCCGAUCGUCCUUGUCCUCCUUGUCCCCACCUUGCUCGCCGCUGGUUUUGGACACUAGCUUCCCGUCGGGGGACACGUUUUUGGGCCAGACAGAGCCCGGCAGUUUGGGUCUGGAUCUGGAGCUCCGCAGCAGGCUGACAGAGCUGGAGCUGAACUCUGAGGAGCAGCGGAGAGAGGAGCACAGGGAGCUGGAGGAGAACCGGAACCACAACAACAUGCUGGGAGAGGAGGGAAGAGCUCCCCAGCCGCGAGGGGUGGGGCCAAAGAAGAUGGGUGUGACCUCCGCUGUCUCUGACGAGUCGGUGGCCGGCGACAGCGGUGUUUACGAGCCGUCAGAGCGCAGACCGGGCCUUCCUGCAGACCUCCUCCUGAGCUCCUACGAGGAGCGGCUGACCUCAGGCUGCUCUCAGGUGCAGCUCGGCUUCCGUUACGAGUCCAGAGACCAGCGUUUCACCGUCUAUAUUAUGCAGCUGUCCAACUGCAGCGCCCUCUGCCUGCCAGCUGACCAGAAAAUGUACGUCCGCCUGGCGGUGCUGCCCUCCGUCCAGGCCAUGCGUUGCCUCUUCCGAACACGCAGCUCGCUGCCUCAGGAAGUCGUGGAGAUCAACGAGGUGUUUGGCAUGCAGAUUUCCCACGGUGCGUUGCGGCAGAAGACGCUGAGGGUUGACGUCUGUGACGGCAGCACGUCGGGCCUCGAGGAGUGUCUGGCGGGGGCUCAGAUCAGCCUGGCUGACAUCAGCUGUUCGGAGGACGGGUGCACCAAGUGGUACAACCUACUGAGUCGCCUCUACAUGCCUGAGAUCAGCAACAAGGACAGAGGGAGCAGAGCAACAGGCGACUCUGAUCAGGCUGGUGUUGGUAGCAGAGAGGAGGACCGAGCUGGUGAUGAUUGGUGCAGCGGUCAUCUGAAGGUAGAUGUACUUGAUGAAGAUGAGGGUGGAGAUGGGGAGGAGCUUCAGGAGGAAGAAGAUGAGUUCUACCCUGAGAGCAGCCAGUGGGAGACGGAGGAGGAGGAGGAGGUGACCAACCCCCCUCCAGCUGCAGCACCCAUCACAGAGAAGGUGAACAAGGAGACCAGUACGGAUGGAUUAUCCUCGUCCCAUCACUGCUUCGUGGUUCGACCCAAAGAGCGCCGCCCGGACGUCCACCAGCAGAACCCGUUCAUGAGGGGCAACACCAUCAUUCGCUCCAAGACCUUUUCCCCUGGACCUCAGAGCCAGUACAUCUGCAGGAUUAAUCGCAGCGACAGCGACAGCUCCACCCUCUCCAAGAGGUCUCCGUUUGUCAGGAAUGCCUCAGAACGGCGAAGCAUGCGCAUGAAGAAGCCUCCUGUUCAGGUCAAAGGUCUGGACGGUCUGCUCCGCACCUCCCUGGACCUGGAGUUGGACCUGCAGGUGUCUCGGACUCGGCAGGCACGGCUGGCACAGGAGCUGCGGGUUCUGCGGGAGCUGAAGGAGCAGCUGGAGAAGGCGAGGCAGCAGGGCCAGCGGGAGCUGCCCACCUGGGUUCAGGAGGACGAGCGCUUCCGGCUCCUCCUUAGGCAGGCUGAGAAACAGACUCACGAGGAGCAGCUGCAGGAGAAGCGGGUGGAGAAGAUGAUGAGAGCCGCAGCGAAAGACGUCCACAAGAUCAGAGGACAGAGUCGCAAAGAGGUUCCCGAGGUCCAAACCUUCAGAGAGAAGAUGGCGUUCUUCACACGAGCGAAGGCCUGCGUCCCCGACCUGCCGGCCGACGACGUGUAGAGAAGCAUUUCAGAGUCCCCGCCCCGACUCAUCCCGCUGCUCCCUCAGACGCUCGGCGCUGUCUCCGAGAAUUAAAGCCACGUCUUAGAAACGCACACCCAAACGGUGAAGCAACUCACCUAGAACGGUCUUUGUUACUACCCGACUGUUUGUAGUGUUUAAAAACAAAAAACGUAAACACUUUCUACUCAACCGACACAAAAAUGUACACUGAAGCACAAAAGUGAGUCGCAGACGGUACUAAACUUACACCUAACCUGUAAAAUGUUUAGUUUAGGAAACUUUAUAUGCAAACAUACAAGCACACAGAAGUUCCUCUCGACAGGCUUCAGUGAAACAUUUACAUCCUGUUGUUUCCCCUUUCAGCUGCUGAAGUUUAACGAGAUUUAGGUCCUUAAAGCUGCAAUGGAUCACAGGUUUGCGUUAGCCUCAAACAUUUAUGCUUCUUAACAACAUUCUAACACCGCAUAGCUAUAAAUGGAUUGUAGAAAAAUGUAAAAAAGAAAAAACUGUAUAAAACGGUUCUCUCACAUUUGUCUAAAAACCUCCACCAAUAACACGUUUCAGACCGAAUCCAACCAUCGGACCGUCCGGUUGUGGGUCUCACCGAUCCGCCGCACUUCGCUGGGUCCUCCGCUCAUCACACACUCGAGUUUUCGGCACCAGAACGCCGCUGGUGUGAGGUUCUCCGCUCAAUAAUGCCAGAGAAGGAGAAACAGCCGGCUGCUACCUCUUCAGCUUUAGAAGAAACUACCAGCGUCCCAAAAAGAAAAUCACCAGUUGAAGUCACGGACAACAAAAGACGUUUGGACCUAGAAAACGGAGACUGGUGUUAAGCGCUGUCUCGUUUCCUCUGGUAAUGCGGGUCUCUGGUUCCAGCAGCAGUGUCUCAGGGAAGAUACUCG